AUGGUCGCCCUCAAAUCCAUCCUCGCCGCCUCCCUGGCACUCAUCGCCUCUCCUGGCGCCCUCGCCACCAGAACCUUCUACAACUCCGGCACCCUCAGCGGCUGGGACUACGUCCGCAAGGAGCACAAGGGAACAGUCGACCAGGUCACCAAUGUCGCCUACAAGGGCAGCACGUCUCUCAAGAUGACCCAAACCUACGACCCCAACUACCAUGACCGCUACCACUCCGAGGUCGACCACAACUACGGCUACAAGCGCGGCGACUCUACCUUUUACGGUUUCGCGUUCCGCCUCUCCGACACAUGGGACUUCCAGUCGCAAUCCUACAACAUUGCCCAGUUCAUUGCCAAUCGUCCUGGAGCGGGAUGCGGCGGAGACGACUGGAUGCCCAGCACCAUGGUUUGGAUUCAGGGGAACCAGCUCUUCUCUCGAAUCGUCACCGGACACUACCGCCAGCCGAACUGCGGUCGAACCAUUGACACUUUGCGAAACCUUGGCCAGAUCAGUGCUGGACAGUGGCACAGGGUCAUCCUGCAGGUCAAGUGGGCUAGUGACAACUCUGGCUUCUUCAAGAUUUGGCUUGAUGGAAACAAGGUUGUGGAGAGGUUGAAUACUGCGACGACGGUCGACGACGACAGUGUUUUCCAGUUCCGUGUUGGUCUGUAUGCGAACAGCUGGCACGAUGAUGGCCACAUGAAUGGUAAUCAGGGAUUCCGCCAGAUUUGGUACGAUGAGAUUGCUAUGGGUACCGAGUUUAAGGAUGUCGAUCCUGCUCAGCAGUGA